GUCCAAGUGAACAAAAAGAUGCACAAUAUGAUUGUACUUACUCUUUGGCCUGUUUUUGCUUAUUGAUCAAAACCACUGUGACAUAAUGCAUUUAUAUACAUGUAUAACUAGGCUAUAUAGAUUUAAAAAAUGUUUUGAUAAACGUUAGUUACGUAAAAGCGGAAAUAGCCGCUUUUCCAAAAAUUCAAAGCGAAAGUCUCCCUAAAUAGCCCGUUCCCUUGUUUCUGUGGAAACGAGGGAGUUAUUUAUAUUCGGUCUUUCUAUCCCCCUCGUUUCUGUCCAAGCCCUCAUAUAGUAUGUGGAAAAUCAGUCGCGCUUCUGUUUGAAUUUAUUUCAGCUUACAUUUGAUGUGAAUCGUUGGAAAACUUACAUAAAUCAAUUCAUGAAUAAUUUUGCCGCAAGGGGAUACAAUAGUUUCCGUUUCCGGUUUUAAAUAUUAGUCACGGUUUAUGGGGGAUACUGAAAACGCUUUAUCAAUUAGACGCUUGAAGUAAACAAUGGUGAAAUAUUGUUGUGUUCCACUUUGUGGUGGUUUUGGGGGUCACAAGUUUCCCACAGAUCAGGAAUUACUCUUGAAAUGGAGGGUAGCGAUCAAACGGAUGGAUAGGAAAACAAAAAAAUUAUGGAACCCAGGAAAAGAAGACGUUGUUUGCCAUAUACACUUCACAGAAGAUGACUACAAAAUCACCGAAUCAGGUUAGAUCGAGGUCCUAUCAAUCAGUUAUAUAAAGCUGCAUCGUCAAUUGAUUUGUUGAAUUGUUUGAAUUUUUCCUUCUUUCAAAUAUUGAUUUAUAAAGUUUCUUCAUUUUGUCUUGUAUUCGUGUAUUGAUAACGUUCUUUUUUACAUUCUUGAAUGCGUUGCUUUGUGGUUUGUUUUUACUCUUUUUCAGGUGCAACUACUGACAUGUGAGCUAAGCGAAAGAGGCUGCGAGAGUCUACUCAAGAUACAUGUACUCCAAUGAUUGAAGACCUGCCCAUGUAUAUGGAUGAAUUGAUUGUACAUCACGAAGUUGUCGUAGAUCAGUCAUCUACAAGUAUGUCCACAUCCAUGCCAGAAGAAAUGUGUUCAACAGCUGAGAAAGAAAUCCAGUGUGACAUACCUACCUUAGGUAGAUUUUCAAUUGAAGGUAUGAAACUGGACACUAAGAUGCUUUCUUAUUACACUGGUUUGAAUGGCUAUGAUCAUUUCAUGCUUCUCUUUAAUAUUCUUGGGCCAGCAGCUUUUGACUUGAAUUACAAAUGUGGCUUAUUAAGUCCACAAGAUCAGUUGUUUUUAACUCUGAUGAAACUCAGACAAGCAAAAGAAGAUGUGGAACUUGCUAUGCUCUUUAAAGUCUGUGAAUCUACUGUUUCUAAAAUUGUAACAACUUGGAUUAACUUCUUGUAUUUUCAAUUAAAAGAGUUAGAGGAACAAUUCUGGCCUUCUAAAGACAUCAUUAAAGAACAUAUGCCAACAGAUUUUGCUAAAAAGUUUCCCAAUACACGCGUAAUUUUAGAUGCAACCGAGCAACCAAUUCACAAACCAUCAAAUGUUGAGGCACAAUCCAAAACAUGGUCUUCUUAUAAACACAAAAACACGUUGAAAACCAUGGUAGGUGUAACUCCAAAUGGAGCAGUAUCUUAUGUAUCCUCUACUUAUGGGGGCUCUGUGUCUGACAGACAAAUCACUGAACACUCUACUCUGCUAGAUGUAGGCAAAUUUGAUGCUGGUGACAGCAUUAUGGCAGAUCGGGGAAUUCUUGUUCAAGAUUUAUUUGCGAAUCAGAAUGUUUUUAUUAAUACACCUACGUUUCUCAAGGGCAAAAGCCAACUUGACCCCGAAGAAAUAGUUAGAGAUAGGCGAGUUGCCUCAAAACGUAUUCAUGUAGAGAGGGUGAUUGGGCUUGCAAAGAGGUUCAAAAUUUUGAAACAUGAGCUACCAAUGUCAAAAAUCCCCCUAGCUUCCAGAAUUGUGUACAUUUGUUUUAUGUUGUCAAAUUUUAGGAAUUGCAUUGUUGAUAAAAGUGCUUAAACAUGUGCCAGUAGUAUAUCAAAAUGUACAUGCAUACAUGUCUAAGUUUAAUAAAUGUAUGCCCUGCACAUACAGUGAAUCCCUUGAGAGUUGUGUUCAUAUUUCUGCUUACAAGUUUUAAAUGUAUCGUACAUUUUUUGUAUCCUUUAUGCAACAUGUGCUGUCAAUAUUCAAAGGGAUACAUCAUACAAGGAUCUUGGUAGACAUAUCAACUUUUAAGUGUAAAAGCUAUUUACCUUGAAAGGGUCAAAGUACAAUAUCUUUUUUUAAAAAUCAAUUUAAAAAGUUUAACACUUUAUAUAACCAACAUCUAUGCAUUGUUACAUGUAUAUUGUCAAUACAGAAAAUUUCAUAUCAUGGAUAUGCAAUGUAUUUCAUCUGAAAUUGAUUGGCAUUCUGGGCAGAAACUUAGGCAAAAAAACAUGAAGAAUCAUUUGCAGACUCUAAUGAAAUCAUGAAUACAAAAAAGAUUCUGUAUAAAAAAAAUGAACUGUCUCGAUAAAUCAUUUAGAAGAAACUUUUACACAAGUUUGCAUAUAUGCUUCCACUUUACAGCAAGGAUAACAAGUAUGGCAUGAAAAAUUUAUCAUAGAAUACAUCAAGCUUUGGAAGAAGAGAAUUCUGGCAACAUUCUACAUCAAUAUGUACUUUCUGGAUGAACAAAUCUUUGAAAGUGUAUACAACAAAAUAGCAAAUUUGUUUUUUGGCAAUAAGCAUUUGGCCUUGUAUUUGGAAAAAAUAUUUAGAGGUGGGUUUCAAUUUCAUUUCACCAGUUACAGAGUCCAUUGUUAGAUAUGGGAAGUACUUUCCAGGCUGAAUCUUCUCAAAGCGACCAGCAAAGGGACAUUUGACUUCAAUUAGUGCAUCAUUGCCAACGAGUCCAUCCGGUGAUGCCCCCAAGUAAGGUCGAUCCAUAUCAACAAAGAAACCACAUCUUUGAACACCUUGGCCAGUCUCUCUUUCAAAGGAUCUGUAAUGAGAGAUAAAAAUAAGA